GUAUAGCUUAUACCGGGGUUCAGGGCGUUGUAUACCAGGGCUACAAAAUACGUUAACGCAUUACAUGUACUGUACUGUACAGGCAUUGCGAACACACUGUACGCACAGCGCAUUGAAACGCAUAGGGUUUGCAUACAAGUCGGCCAUUGCUAUACCCAUUGUGUGUCUGUUUUGGUUAACAAUCACAACACGUUUCCCACAAUCGCAGCACUACUUCGAGCCGUAAAUCACGUUUAAAGCGGACUUCGGGUGUGUAUAUCACGUGACCAACACAACUAGUGUGACCAACAAGUAUGUCUGGCCGGUACCGGGACUGGAAUCUGGACGCGAAGGUAUACGUCGGGAAUUUGCAGGAAAACGCCAUCAAAUCGGACGUGGAGUCGGCGUUCGGCAAAUACGGGCCGCUGAAGAACGUAUGGGUCGCCCGAAACCCCCCGGGCUUUGCCUUCGUUGAGUUCGAGGACGCCAGGGAUGCCGAGGACGCCGUCAGGGGUCUCGAUGGCACUCGUAUCGGUGGCGCCCGAGUGAGGGUCGAGAUGUCUCACGGAAGGACCCGUCGGGGCGGAGGCGGUGGUGGCGGAGGAGGAGGUGGUGGAGGCGGCGGUGGCGGUAGACGUCGCGACGGCGGCGGUGGUGGUCGCGAGUCGAGUUGGUCACUCUAUCGGGUGAUCAUGGCGGUAGACGUGAGUAUUCCCGCGGACGCCGUUCCCGCAGUGGUUCCCGGAGCCGUUCCCGAUCUCGACAUAGACCUGAGGGGUGGCCCAGUCAUAGAGGGGCCCACCGUUUGA